UAGCCAGUAUAAUAUUGAGAAUUGGCUAUAAAACGGUAAAGAAAUAUUCCUGAGUGGCUAUUGAUCAACGGAAGAUGUGCAAUGUAGCUGUGAAUAUGUUAAUUAAGCCACCAUUGCUUUCUAGAUAAAGGUGUUGCAAUAAUAGAGGUGGGUUUUCCUGCGGGGCGGCGGUGGAACAGUGGAAAGUGAACCCGUGGAGGAGUGUCAAACAUGCCACGUCCCGCCCCGCUGCUACCCUGAAUACUUCCACACUUGUCACUCCCACGAUGUGCAGCUGUGUCCACCCACCCUUCACACACUCCACCAGCCUCCCCAGUUCAUGAUCCGCGUCUCCCAGGCAAGGUGAGCCACACAAGCAGCGGAGGAGAGGGACGGGGAGACUCGGAAGCAAAAGUUUUCGUCAAGGAUAAAUCAGUGAGACACCCACCGCCACCUCCACCUCUUGUUGUAACGCUCUGAGACGACUCUGCAGGCUUGAUGUCUGACCCACUGCUAGAGAAGAUGAUCGAUAACAAUAAGGUGCUAGACAUGAGACAGGCAGUAUUCAGCCGCGCUCCGCUCUCGUACAGGGUCGGCAACUCCACUCUUCAUGUUCAAACCAGGUUUGUGAUGCUGGUGUCUGCCGUCGGUCUUGUUGCCCUGUUAGUCUUAUUCCUGGUCAUGCCGGGCUCACGUUUUGGCUCCAGCAACCUCACUAGUGAUCUUCUGGGGCACGGCGAGGACCACAGUCAUCGCCACCGCCCUUGGUACUCUGGUUUCUAUAAUAGCACCUACCCCCUGAGCACCCCAGUAUACAGUGACCGUGGCUACAUCAAAUAUCGCAUCGCCAUCGUGAGUGAUCUUGACACAGACUCCAAGCAUCCCACUGAGAAAAACACUUGGCUCAGUUACUUGAAGAAGGGCCACCUCACCGUCAGUGUGGAGAGCCAGGAGGUCAGCGUGGAGUGGGACAAGGACACAGUCACCCUCACCUCUGGCAUGGCGUAUGGUGGGCGAGGCAUGGAGUUGUCGGAGCUGGUGGUGUUCAACGGGCACUUGUAUGCUGUGGAUGACCGAACCGGGGUGAUCUAUGAGGUGGAUCUGCAAGGGAACCGUGUCAUUCCCUGGGUUAUUCUGACUGAUGGGAGUGGCAGGGAGAAGAAAGGCUUCAAGAGUGAGUGGGCGACAGUGAAGGACGAGACUCUGAUUGUGGGUGGGUUGGGCAAGGAGUGGACCACCAGCACCGGCGAGCUGGUGAACCACAAUCCACAGUGGGUCAAGACAAUCACCACCAGAGGAAAUGUUGAGCACUUUGACUGGACCAAGAAUUAUGAGAAGCUGAGAGAGGCUGUCGGCAUACACUUCCCUGGGUACAUGAUCCACGAGUCCUGUGUGUGGACAGAGACUAUCAAGAGCUGGGUGUUCCUCCCUCGCCGUGCCUCCACAUCUCGCUACAAUGAGGUGGACGAUGAACACAAGGGCACUAAUAUUAUGCUGAUGGCUUCGGAGGGUUUUGAGGAAGUGAAGGUGAAGCACAUUGGGGAGAGACUGCCCACGCAUGGCUUCUCCAGCUUCAAGUUCAUCCCAGGCACAAAGGAGAAGCUGGUGGUGGCACUCAAGUCGGAGGAGGUGAAGGGGAAAGUGUCCACCUACAUCAUGGCCUUCAGCGUGGACGACGGGAAGGUGCUGCUACCAGAGACCAAAGUAGGCGAUUACAAGUUUGAAGGCAUUGAGUUUGUAUAGUGGUGACGUGUUGUCUAGUUUGUUAUGAGAAUUGUAGGGUGUGUGUGUGUGUAUAUGUGUGUGCGUGUGUGUGUGUGUGUGUGUACUUUUUUUUAUGUAAGAGGGGGAAUCUGACAAAGGGCAGCAAAAUUAUUAAACAAAAAAAAAAGCCCACUUAGAUGCCAGUUCCCCAAGUAAGUGUGUGUGUAAGUGGAGAGAGAGAGAGAAAGAGACGGGUGUUUUACCUAACUAAUUUAAAGUGUAGUUCGGGUAUAGAUGAUGGUGUAAGUUAUUUAAAUGUGUAGCUUAGGUGGAAUCCAUGUAGCAGAAAGAAAUAUCUAUUGCCUCUCACCUUUCAAUGUCUGUUUUCAUGUGGAGAGGUGAAUGAGGCAUGGGAGUGACUGAGUGACUGACAAAGCACGUUACAUAGCUAAGCACACGCACAGACCAGCCAUGUGAGGAAGGCUGAGUCACAGGUACUCUUGACUGAUAUUAUUACUACUAUCUCCCAUGUUCUUAAAGUAGUGAAAGAUACAAGUGUUGAUUGAAGCAGGGAUUUAUACUUAGGGGGAGGGGGGUGACUUGACCUUGUAGUUAUAAUUGAAAGUGAAAUAGGAGUUUUUAGGGCAUUCUUGUGUGAGUGUUAGGUUAGUUUUGAUUCAGAGUGUAGCUUACGGAUUUUUCUGUGAUGAGCUAAUGUGAAGUGUGUUAAAGGGAUUGAAGUCAUUUUUAGAGGGAAGUAAUAAGAGGUUGAAGGGAAAAAGGAAGAGGUUACUAGUGGUUUUGAUGUUGAAUGAAGAGUGUUUUGAGGAAAGUAAGAAUAGUAAUAAGUGCUUUGGAGUGAAGUAAUAAGGGGUUGAAAAGAAAGGGAAAAAGUUACCAGCUGUUUUGAUAUUGAAUAAGGAAUGUUGUGAGGAAAGUAAGAGUGUUAGUGUUACCAGCUGUUUUGAUAUUGAAAAAGGAGUGUUGUGAGGAAAGUAAGAGUGCUAGUAGUAUGUGCUUUGGAGUGAUGCUAUAAGAGGUUGUAGGAAAAAGGAAAUGGUUACUAGCUGUUCUGAUGUUGAAUAAAAAGUGUUUCAGGAAAGUAAGAGUAGUAAUGUACAGUUUGGAGUGAAGUGAUAAGAGGUUGAAGGGAAAAAGGAAAAGAUUACUACCUAUUUUGAUGUUGAUUAAGGAGAGCUUUGAAGAGAGUAUUAGUAAUGUUUGUAUUGAAGUAAAAUGAUAAGCAUUUGAGGGAAAAGGAAAAGUUACCAGCUAUUUAGAUGUUGAUUAAGGAGGGUUUUGAAGAAAGUAUUAGUAAUGUGUGUAUUGGAGUGAAAUGAUAAGGGUUUAAAAGGAAAAACGAAAAGUUAUCAGCUGUUUUGAUGUUGAAUAAGGAGUGUUAAGAAUAGUAAUAGUAUGUGCUUUGGAGUGAAGUAAUAAGUGGUUUGUGGGAAAAGGGAGAAAAGUUACUAGCUAUUUUGAUUUAGAAUAAAGAGUGUUUUGAGGAAAGUAAGGAUAGUAAUAUGUGCUUUGGAGUAAAGUAAUAAAGGUUUAUGGGAAAAGGAGGAAGUUACUAGUUGCUUAAAGAUUGUUUUGGGAAGUAAGAGCAUUAAUAAUGUGUACUAAAGGAAAUUAAGGUCAUUCUGAAGUGAAUCAACAAGGAUUUAUGUGAAAUGAGAGAAGAUCAGUAACUUUUGAUGUUGAAUAAGGAAUGUUUGAGGAAAUUGAAGUAUUUUAUUUUCAUGUUGUUUAAGGAAAAUUAGAGAGAAAUAUGUGAAUAAUUAUAGUGUUUUGGUGCUGAAGAAGAGUGUUUUAGGGGGAAAAAUAAGUGGUUCUCGAGGUUAUUAAGGAGAAUAAUUAUGGUUCUAGGAUAUUUUGGAGGUAAUAAUUGUGAUUCUUGGGGUUUCAAGGAGAAUAAUUGCAGUUCUAGGGUAUUUUAAAGAGAAUAAUUGUGGUUCUGGGGGUUUCAAAGAGAAUAUUUAUGGUUGUAGGGAAGUUUUAGGGGGAAUAAUUAUGGUUUUAGGAUACUUUAAGAGGGAAUAAUUGUGGUUCUGGGGUUUCAAGGAGAAUAAUUAUGGUUCUAGGAUAUUUUGGAGGUAAUAAUUGUGGUUCUGAGGCUUUCAAAGAAAAUAGUUACAUUUCUGGGGUAUUUUCAGCAUAAAUGAUUGUGUUUGCAGGGAAGGUGUUAAUUGAUAAAGUUUACUGAGGUGACUGUGUGAGGGAUGUGAGGUUGUAAGUUUUGAUUAAUCUUUUAGUAUGGCAUUUACUCCAGUAGUAUUAUGGACUCAACUGACACAAACUUGAGGCAUUUAAACCCAUUUAGUUAGUUAGUGUGUGUGUGUGUGUGUGUGUGUGGAAAUGUGUGAACUUAGGAUUAGUAGAGUUUAGGAUCCUUUUGGUAAAACUGCGUUAGUGAAGAUUUUAUGUGAGAAGGGGUGUGACAAAGGCUGGGAAUGACUUAACAAUUGGUCUGCUUAGUUAGUGGUUAAAGAAAAAUAGAUCUCUGGUUAAAAAAAGAAAAGAAAGAUAGAUAAGUGGUAAAGAAAAGAUAAAAUAGAUGCGAAAAUUUUUACUUAGAAAAGGACGGACUACUGGUUAAGAAAAAGGAAGAUAGAUAACUAGUAAAGAAAAUAAUAUAUAAUUGAUGUAAUAAUUGUUAGUUUGGAAAAAAAAGAUGAUAGAUAACUGGUAAAGAAAAAAAAGAUAGAAUAGAUGUGAUAGUUGUUGGUUAGAAAAGGAUGGCUUACCGGUUAAGAAAAGAAUGAAUUACUAAUAAGAGAUAAUGAAGUAGAAUCAAAUAAAUAUAAUAAUUGUUAAUUGAAAAAA